UUAUUUCUCAUGAUAACAAUGUUUUAUUAAUGAAACGACAAUUAACAGAAGAGGAUAUAUCACCAAAUAAAGAAUACUUUGAAGAGGUUGGGUAUUUUAAAAUGAGAUUGAUGUAUAUUGUUACCUUGAUGUUAUUACAAGCAAGUGUAUUCUGUUCUUUAUACGUGAUUCGUCGUACAUUUUCUAAAAAUGGUGGAGCUGGAAACAACAAUGAUAAAGGACUUAGUGUUAUCGAUAAAAUACCACUUUAUAUGGCUUAUUUAGUAAAACACACUGCUAAAAGCACUUUUGGAACUAGGUCAAAUUGGUCAGGCGAUUACCAAAAUUCAUCGCCUCCAAAUGCUUUACGACUAAGAACUGUGACUUUACAAUUUAAUGCAUUGAAAUCGGAAUUACAGAAUAUAGCACAAAAACUAGGAGAACUAGAAUCUGAAUCUGAAGAACACAAAGCUGUGAUUGAUACAUUGGCUCCAUUAAGUGGUGAUCGUAAAUGUUUUCGACUUGUUGGUGGAGUAUUAGCUGAACGGACUGUUAAAGAUGUUUUACCAGCAUUACAAACAAAUUAUGAUAUGAUUCAAGGUGUAAUAGAUCAAUUAGUUAAAAAUUAUAAAAAAAAGGAAGAAGAAUUUAUUGCUUUUCAAAAAGAUAAUAAUAUUCGUGUCAUCUCAAGGACAUAA